CCUCGACAACCCCUCCCCUAAGACCAUACCCAGCUCGAAUUACUUUGUCCCAUUCUUGACCCAUUUUGAGUCUUCUAGUGCUCCUCCAUCAUGGCCCACCUUGUAGAUUAUAUCGAUUUCUCUCAGAGAUCUUUCCAAGGAUGUGCUCUCUUCAUCCUGUUCAAUCCACUGUUCUGGAACAUCGUUGCCCGUGCUGAGUACCGAAAGCACUACUUGACUCGUAUGUUCGGUAGCCCCUACUACGGAUGCUACUUUCUCGGAUUCAUCAUCUUUACCCUGGGCCUCGCUCGCGACCAUGUGUAUCAACUGGCCCUCCAGGAUCAGCCUUACUACGCCCCAGUGCACCAACCGAUUUUAGGCUCCGUCCUGUUCGGCAUCGGGUCUAUCCUCGUUCUGUCUAGCAUGUAUGCCCUUGGCGUCACCGGAACCUACCUUGGAGACUACUUCGGCAUCCUCAUGGAUGCUCCCGUCACCGGUUUCCCCUUCAAUGUCUUCAUUGUAUACUGGAUCGCUCUCCAGUGGGAGGAUCCUUUCACUGCGGAGAUCUAUGCUAAGCGUGAACGGGAACGUGCAAAGUCCAAGAAGGGCGGCAAGGGCUUGUAAAAGUAACAUACCGUCUGCGUGCAGUAACACUCGAGACCGAAGACUCUGCAGGAUUAGUGCCUUGGACUUUCAACAUCCCUCACAAUCCUCACGAGUCAUGGACAUGCCUUGGUUUUCGACAAGACGAUUUGUGUGGCGCUUACGAGCUCACGAUUUACGUCUUUCAUUAUAGAGGGAGAAAGGGGACAGAUUGUGGGAAUUAUCUUCAACGAUCACUUCCAAAGUGACAUCGCGGCCACUCCAACCUGCGUAAGGCACCAAAAGUUUACAUGGUGGAGGCAUAUAGUCGGAUGGUGAUACAACGGGCGAAAGAAGGUCGCUGAGAAAGGUUGGCCCAUGCUUCUAGUACAUAGUUCCUGUCACUUUCAGAGGAUGAUAUACCAGAGAUGUAGUUUAAUGUUGGUUUUUCGCUAUUUAGAAUGCCAGUCUUUGAUUCCUUGCCGGCCU